CCAAUAAAACCAAAUAAGAAAUCUUUCAUAACAUCUUAAACAAUUGUAUAUACAUGUAUGGACUUAAUUUUCACUUGUAUAUUUGAUUUCCUUUCCAGUUCCAUUGCCUUUUACAGCAGGAUUUAGCAACUAAAAUCGCUACCUGGUACGUGCAUGUAGAAUACGGCGCGAUUCGUUUGCAACGCAUCUGCAAAAAUUUAUGAAAGAUCACCUAUAGAAUCCAUGUCGUUGAUUCAGUCCCGGAGCAAUCUUAGAACUGAACCUACUGCUUUGGAUGAAAGACGUCCUUAGGAUAUCAAUGAAUGCCUAUUGGGAAAUUAUAGACAGAAAAACUUAAAUCUCGACUGACAAGUGACAAUCGAAACAGAUCUUUCAUUUCUAAACCUGCGUAUCUAGUGUCCACUUCGUUAAUACCGACUUUUUCUUCCGACUACUCUCACGAAUAUUCUUGAAUGAUGUUAACGACCACGAUACAACACAAACUAUCAACUGCUUCUGCGACAUUAGAACCAGACGAACUUAUAGAAACGAGUGGUAGGGACACAUUGGAUAUUGAUGCAUCUGGAGAACUAGACGAGUCUGUUCAGCCCACAGUCCAAAGUCAAGAAAACGACAGCAGUUCUUCCUACAUUCCAAAAGAAGAGCAUACCUCUGGAUCCGGAGGAUAUGCAAUUACUUCGAAGAAUGUUGAUAAUUUCUUUUCAUCAAUACAAUACACGCGACUGAGAGAUGCCACUAAUAGCAGUAGAUCAAUGAGGGUCUCGCGAACAACAUUGAAACAUGGAAAAUCAACACCCAUGCCAUCACGGAAAGUAGCCGACAUCGCAGGCUCUACCAGACGUCACGUGACCACUUCUCUUCCACCACAUCAUCAGGUGGAUGCUCGAAUUAUGUCUGCAGUAGGCAUUGGCAUGAUCUUGAUCCUCACAAUUGUCAUUUUUGUGCUAUAUAGAAAAAAGAAGUUACAUACAACUGCGACAUACGACUUGGAAUCCACCCCAAAGUUCUCUGAAAGAGGUGUCUCUAAUGCAACAUAUAUUCUGCAUGAAAUAAAGAGAGAUGAGACAACAUCAAAAAGAAAAUUCGAUUCACCGCCGAGUGAUUUUAAACCGGAAGUUCUGCGAAAGGAUGCAGAUAUAACUACGUAGAUAUCCAGUGUUGCACGAAAUAUUGAUGACACUCCAAUCGAUAUCACCAGUAUUCUCUAUAAAUUAUGAUUUAUAAAGCAUAAAAUGUACAGUGUAUUAUUUAUGAAAUAAAUUUUUGAAAAUACAUAAA